CCUAAAGCUUCCUGGGUGUGGAUCAGGUUGUGUAACCUUACCCUUAGCUGCAACAUCUCUUAAUCACAUCUGCUUUGAGGCUCACCUGCGAAAUCUGGUGUCUUCUUUUGAGCAGGUUUGAGUCAUAGAGAUAUAUAUUUGAGUGUGUUUUACCCUCUGCUCUAAUACUAUUUUAAGAGGUGUCCAAGGACAGAGUAACACCAGUUAGCAGGAAACACAAAGAUCAUGGAAGAACAAGGCAUUAAAACAGCAAAUGGAUCCCAUUCUGAGGACGCAAAAGAUAGCAGCUUAGAAUCUCCAAAUGUGAGUAUCAAUGAUGAUAAUCAAGACAUUCUCAAUGGAUCCGGCUUGGAGAAAAGUGGUGUAAAAACAACCAUUUUAAAAACCACCAUUGGAUCAGGGGGCAUAAAGACCGGCAGAACAAAUCUUUUUAGUGCAUCUGAUGUCAGGUUAGCCAGCAGUCCUGUGGCUGGAAAUGACAUUUCAGAAACAAGAAGAUCAGUUCGUGUCAGCGUAGGCUCUAACUAUGACCAAGAUGAAGUCCUUUGUGAUUCCUGUAUUGAUGACAAAAAGAAAGCAGUGAAAUCCUGUCUUGUGUGCCAAACAUCUUUUUGUGAAAUCCACCUCAAACCCCAUCUUGAGGGAGCUGCGUUUCGGGACCACAAGCUACUGGAGCCCAUUAGAGACUUUGAAGCAAGAAAAUGCCAGUUGCACAGCAAAACAAUGGAGCUCUUCUGCCAAACUGACCAAACAUGCAUCUGCUACCUGUGCAUGUUCCAAGAACAUAAGAAUCAUAAUACAGUCACAGUAGAAGCUGAGAAGUAUGUGAAGGAGACAGAGCUCUCUGAAAUACAAGAGCAGCUUCACAUACAGCUCCUUGAGGUGGAUGAUGAAGUGGAGAGAUGGCAUAAGGAGAAGGAUCGCAUCCGGAAUUUCAUAACUAACCAAAAGUCAGCUGUGGACCACAGCUUCAAGGACCUAAUUCGAGAGAUUCAAAGACAGCAGGAUGAAGUGAAAGCACACCUUGAACAAAAAGAACGGGCUGCUGUAGACCUUAUCGAACAGAUAGUUAGUGACCUGCAAGUGAAACGUGACCAACUACAAGAAAAACAGCAUGAUGGAGAUAAACUUCUUCACACAACAGAUGCAGUGCUCUUCCUUCAGGAGUUUCAAAUAGUGAUACGAAAUGCUCCCCCAAUCCCUCCUCUGCCUACCUACAAUGUGACACUGGAAGGUGAAAAGCUGACACAGUCUAUGGGUGGCUUAAGAGAGGAAAUGUUAUCAGUUUGCAGGAAGAAUGUGGAAAAAUACUGCAAGGCAGAUGCAAGCCGUUAUCUUGUUGAAAAGAAUGUUGAGAACCGAUAUGCAAUGAAAGAUCUAACAUCAGAAUGGACCCAACCAAAUGACUCAUUUGGACGUUUUAGCUCACUCUUUAAUAUGAAAGGUGGCCGUCAGUCUUUCCAAGCACCCUCUCCUGGACGUUUAACUGAAAAUGUUUCAAGCUUGAACAGCAUCUAUGGAACCAAAGGGAAUUUCAGAAUGUGGGACCCUGCUCCCCUUCAGACUCAAGAAGACACCCCCAGCUUCUCAACCUUUUCUCAGAAAGGGACCGGGCCGGUAACUUCAUACCAGUUCUCCUCUACUGUGCAAUCCAAUGAGAGCAGCACCCAACAAGAUAGCAGCCCUUAUAAUCUGAACGUGUAUCCAAUGAUGUCAAGGCAUCAAACUAAGCCCCUGCCCCAAACAUGGAAAUCCUCCAAGCAAAGCUUAUUGACUCAACAACGCCCCUUUUAUGUCAACAAGGGAAAUGCGGCAAACACUGAAUCUCCGUGAAUCUCUGGAAGCUGCCUGAAAAAAACCUGAAUAUAAUGUUCACAUAUUAAUUUGUAAAACUACUGAGCUGGAGGAAAUAGUGAAGAGGUUUAUGGGUUGUUUUUUUUUUUUGAAGUAACAAUUUCCCUGCAGCAUGGAUUUUAAUGUCUGUAUUUGGCUGGGACUGCUAAACAGUUUUUGUUUUUGCUAACCCAUGGCAGUAACCACUCGUUUGCAUUUCUGAGUGAAGUAAAAAAAACAAACAUUUGAAAUAGGAUUAUUGGAAUGAUCAGAAUGAUUAACCAUGACUUCUACGUUACAAUAAUCCUAUUUCUAUGUAUACAUUGUAGUAGUUUAAUUUUUGUGUUUGUCUAUAAUUACAAUAGUAUAUUUUAACUGAAAAACAAGUGUUUGGUGGUUUACAUGUUGUGUAGCCCAGGCAAAUAUGCACAUGAUCAUUAUUCUAGAUGUGUCAAAUAAUGCUUAAACAUUUUUAUAGCCUUUGCUACUACUAAGAAUUUAGUUUUCCCAAAAUUGUCUAGCCAUAUUAGGAUGUUAGAAUAUAAUUUCACACAAUUAAAAAAUGGCUAUAGUGGCUAUAUCAGGCUUUCUUCAGAUUAUUAGUUCUAAACAGCAUGGCAACACUGAGGUUAUGGAAUAAUAUUUUUUUCACAGCUUCAAUCCAACAUAAUGUUCACAGUUUAAAAGAUGUUCUGUCCGAUUUCCUCCCUCUAGAUUGCCUUGGUGAAAUUAUAAAAUCAAUUUUGCUAAUGCAGGAUUUAUUUGUCUCAUGCAUCCUUUGGUGACCUAACCUUCGUUAUUUUCUCUCACUGCAUGUUCUGGAAUGGAAAUUAGUAUUAUCUGUUUCCUGUGGCUAAUACACUGCUUCAAAAUAAUGCGACUAUAUCUGUCUGAGGGAAA